AUGCCGACCCCGGAGUCCGCAGCCUUCCUGGCCAAGAAGCCUACCGUGCCCCCGACCUACGAGGGCGUCGACUUCGAAGACAACGUCGCCGUCCACAAUGCCCGCGACGCAGUCAUCCGCGAGCAAUGGGUGCGCAGCAUGAUGUCCCGACUUGUCGGCGAGGAGCUGGGCAAGUGCUAUGCGCGCGAGGGUGUGAACCACCUGGAGAAGUGCGGUGUCUUGCGGGAAAAAUACUUCGAGCUCCUCGGCGAGCGCAAGGUUAAGGGAUACCUGGGCCAGGAGAAGAACUACUUCGAGAAGUCCGCAUAA